AUGCAAGGCUUAAUAGCAUAAAAUGGUUCAGAUGAAGAGACAGAAUUUAUAUUUGAUCCUCAUACUAUCCAACUCAAGGAAACAAGAAGUAAAAUUUCUAAAGCAAAUGUAUAUCUUUGAUUAUUAACAAUUCUAUAGGAAGAGAUUAAAUAAUUAAAUGAGUAAAAUAAAGAAUUGAUCAUAUAAUUAAAUCGUUAAAAUGAGCUUCUUGAAUUGAAACAUAAAUAAAAUUAAUAAUUAUAAGCUGAAGGUAAAUAUGAUUGUUUAAAUGUUUAGCAAAUAAAUUUAAAGAAUAAAUCGAUGAUAGAGAGCAUAAAUUAUUAUAGUCAAUGAAAGAAAAACAACAAUUAUAAAAUGAAUUAAUUGCAAUGCAUGAAAUUUUAGAUCAAACAACUUAAAGAAAUGAUUAAAUAAAUUCUGAGGUAUUUGCACUUAAAUUAACUUUGGAGUAAAUAUAAUGUAAAUAUAAUAUGCUAUUUAGAAACUGUAACAAUGUGUAAAGAAGAAACGACUUAAGGAUUGUAACGAGAGUUAAAAUUGAAAGGAACUAUUGAUUAACUAAAUAAAAAUUUAAAGUAGUAAGAAGAAUAGCUUAGAAAAAUUACUAAUGAUGCUAAUAAGAAAGACAUUUAAUUUAAAUUUGAAAUGCAAAAUAAAGAAAGUAUUAUUUAAGAAUUGAGGAAUUAAUUGUAAUAGCAAUAAUAAUAAAAUAAUGAGAUUAUUAAUGAAUUAAUAGAAUAAAAGAAUUAAAAUAUUUAAAAUUCAGUUUAUGGUAAAGAUUAUAAACCUGAAUUAAGUAAAAUUACAAAAGAUAAUGAAGAAUUAAAAAAUAAAUUUAAAGGUUUGACUUAUUAAUUGAAUAUAUAAAAAGAAAAAGAAUAAUCAUAUAUUAAAGAAAUAACUACUCUGAGAUAGAUGUAAUCAAAUUUAUCAACUGAAAUUGAAAGGUUAUUAAAUAAAAUAAACGAAUAAAAAUUAGAACUAUUGAAUCAAUAAUAAGAGAGUUAAAAUGUUAUAUAAGAAAAGGAUAAGAAUAUUUAUUAGUUGAUGAAUUAAUUAUCUCUUUUAAAAAAUUAAGAUUAAAAGAUAAAUUUACAUAAGAGUAUCUCUCACAAUGGAGAUGAGAAAUUAUUAAGAGAUAUCCAACUGAAAAAUGAUCAAAUAGCUAUGUUGUAAAAUGAAAAUAAUUAAUUAGUGAAAUUAAUCGAAUCUUUAAAGAAUCAAUAAAGUAAUUUUAUUCAAUAUAUUUUAGUUGAUAAUCAAGGAACUGAAAAAAUAAAGAUUAAACAAUUGGAAUCAGAACUAAAGAAUUUAUAAUCAUUCAUAUAUGAUAGUCCUCUUGUUGUGUUGUUUAAUUUAUUAGAGGAUCGACUAUCAAAACAAUAGUAAAAAAGCUUUGAAAAUAAGAAUAAAAUUAAAGAAUUUUGGGCAACACAAUUAAAGUAAUGGACAGAGGGAUUUGAAGAAUUAAAAUAAGCAUUUUCCGGUUUAAAAAUUGUUUUCAAGUAUGAUCUAAAAUAUGCUAAUCAAACAUCACAAUAAUGA